CAGUGUUUUCUUGGGUUUCUAGCCUGGCCACACUGAACAGGGAAAGAGUGAAAUAUUUUUUGAUUUGUUUGCACCUGUAAUAUGUCCACGCGAUCCUCAUUUGGCGAUGAUGAGCAGACCAAAGUGCCCCGCAUCAUGACCUUCCGGCCCAGCUACGAUGAGUUCAAGAACUUCGCCUCCUACAUCGAGCACAUGGAGUCCCGCGGAGCCCACCUAGCCGGCUUGGCCAAGAUUCAGCCGCCGGCGGAAUGGGUUGCCCGGAAAGAUGGCUACGAUAUAGAUAACAUCAACAUGACCAUUCCGGCGCCAAUUUGUCAAGUGGUCACGGGGGCCCAUGGGCUUUACCAACAGAUAAACAUACAGCAGCGCCGACAGAUGACCCUGCGCCAGUUCAUGGAGAAGGCCAACUCGGAGCUGUAUCAGACGCCGCGCCACUUUGACUACGAGGACCUGGAGCGCAAGUACUGGAAGAACAUCACAUACAUAUCGCCGCUGUAUGCUGCCGAUGUCAAGGGGACGCUGAGUGACGAGGACCUGGACGUGUGGAACAUCGGACGUCUGGACACCAUUCUCAACCUGGUGAAUACGGACUACAACAUCAUCAUCGAUGGCGUGAACACGGCCUACCUGUACUUUGGCAUGUGGAAGAGUUCCUUUGCCUGGCACACCGAAGACAUGGAUCUGUACUCCAUAAACUAUCUGCAUUUCGGGGCGCCCAAGACAUGGUAUGCCAUUCCGCCUGCGUACGGUCGCCGAUUGGAGAAGCUGGCCAACGAGACCUUCGUAGAGAACUACAAUGAGUGCAAUGCCUACCUGCGCCACAAGAUGACCAUGAUCAGCCCGAAGGUGCUGCGCCAGCACAACAUUCCGUACAACAAGAUCACCCAGGAGGCGGGCGAGAUAAUGAUCACGUUUCCCUUCGGCUACCAUGCGGGCUUCAAUCAUGGCUUCAACGGAGCCGAGUCCACAAACUUUGCGUCCAGGCGCUGGAUCGAGUACGGCAAGCGGGCCAGUAUUUGCAAGUGCCGCAGCGAUAUGGUCAAGAUCUCGAUGGAGACCUUCGUUCGCCGCUUCCAGCCGGAGCGCUAUGAGAACUGGCUGAGGGGCCAGGAUUUUGGCUGUCAUCCCGAGGAGCCGGGAAAGAUAUGCGCCUCAGCGCCGCCCACUUUAAACGAAUACGAGAAACAGGCGAGCUUACGCGCGAUCAAGUCACAAAAGCGUGGCUGCUCACUGGCCGCCACCACUAAUGGUUGUGAGUCGAACUCGGAAGCCGUCGAGAAUCCUGCCGAUGCCGAUGACCGUGCCAGUGUAAGCAGCUACAGCAGCUCCCGCCAUUUGCAGCCCGUGGUCAAGGUGCGUAAGCUGGCACCCAAAGAGACCGUCGUACCUGAAACCUCAGCCCCGCCCAAGAAAUACGAUUUCAACCAGGUUGCCGUUGUGCGCGUAAGGCGCCUGUGGAACGAACUACCAAGCACCGAGAAUGGAGUCAAUCUGCUCACCAAUGGCGUGGUAAAGAACACCAAGCGAAUGCGCUUCCAGACAAAGGUACUCACACUUGACGACGAGGAUUGAGGCAUCAAUAUACGUUAAAGCACCUGCUCCAAAGGCAGUCUGUCGAUCUCCAAGCUAGGUUUUUGUGCGGCUGCAAUCAAAGAUCUACUAAGUAGUCAUAGGUUUUGUAAUAUCUUAGCGUUUUUUGUAUGUGUGACGCGUUCACAGGGAAGAAUUGUGAAUAUAGAAUGUAUUAGAUUUUCCGACCAAAUCAAAAGAUUGUAAAUAUAUUUCUUUACAAUGGGACAAAACGAA